AUGGCCGUAAAAAAGCAGCAGGCGAUGGCAGGCGCCGCGAGCAAGGCUGAAAAGGAGGCAGAUUUGGUCAUGGGGACUAAUAGCAGCAGCAUUGUAUCGAAACGGAGCGUGGAGAUGCUUUAUUACCCCAAGCCCCAUUUUUUCCGCUAUUUCGUGAAGAAACCUCAAAGGCGUUCUCCGUUGAUAAACCGUGGAUAUUGGCUGCGUAUGUAUGCGAUGAUCGAGACGGUACGACGUUUCAUGCAGGAGCCAUCAGAUAAGCCCAAAUACGUCCUGAAUCUCGGCUGCGGAUUUGACCCUCUCCCGUUCCUACUCCUCAGUGCCGACAAGUCUCUAUGUAGAAAUACGAAGUUUGUGGACAUUGACUACGAGAAGCUCAUCAUAACCAAGAAAACGGCCAUCCAAAAGACGAAUGAGAUAACGGAUCUGUUAGAAGAUAUAGAAUUCCUGCCUGACGAGAAUGCUGUUCAGGUCCGCAGCAAGCAGUACAUCGCUCUGGGGUGCGAUCUGAAAAACCUCAAGAAGUUAGGCGAUGCGCUGAAAUCCGACAUCCUACCUUCUGAGUGUUCAAUCCUCUGUACUGCAGAGGUCUCUCUGACCUAUAUGGAUGUCAAGUUUGCGGAUGCUGUUAUCGGCUUCGCCUCCAAGCUAAGUAAUGGUAAGGAAAAGAAGUACAUGGCUACCGUACCGGCAUUGACUGACACGUUGAAGAUGUACAGUUUUGCCUCUUAG